UAAAGGGUCCUUGCAAUGUCAUAUCCCGGCGUGCUUUGCGGCCGCUCUCCCUUUCGCCGCCAUCUUGGGCCGGAGGCGCGGGGACUGUGGUCCAAAGCCAUUUUUGCUGGUUAUAAGCGUGGCCUCCGAAACCAAAGGGAGCACACUGCCCUUCUGAAAAUUGACGGAGUUUAUGCCCGUGAUGAGACUGAAUUCUACUUGGGCAAAAGAUGCGCCUAUGUAUACAAAGCUAAAAACAACACCGUGACUCCUGGUGGGAAGCCCAACAGAACACGAGUGAUUUGGGGGAAGGUAACGCGUGCACAUGGAAACAGUGGCAUGGUUCGUGCCAAGUUCCGGUCCAACCUUCCUGCUAAAGCCAUUGGACACAGAAUCAGAGUGAUGCUGUAUCCAUCUAGGAUCUAAAUUUUUACUAAAAAUAAAAUUCAGAAAUUGUU